GCUGCUCACUGGGCUUGCCACAUCAGUUGGGAACGGGGCGACUCGCGCACACUAGCUCCUGGCCGUGUACCCCGGCCAAGGUCAACCCAGCCAACAAUAGAAGACCGGUCCACUGGGAGAAGCGCCGCGUGUGCAUGUGUGUCUCCUGCUUCAUCGGCGAGUCACGGCUGCCAGAAGAGUGUCUCACAGCAGGAGUGUCUCACAGUAGGAGUGUCUCACAGCAAGAGUGUCCCACAAUGGGAGUGUCUCACAGUAGGAGUGUCUCAAAGUAGGAGUGUCUCACAGCGGGAGUGUCUCACAGUAGGAGUGUCUCACAGUAGGAGUGUCUCAAAGUAGGAGUGUCUCACAGCAGGAGUGUCUCACAGCAGGAGUGUCUCACAAUAGGAGUGUCUCACAGUAGGAGUGUCUCACAGCAAGAGUGUCUCACAGCAGGAGUGUCUCACAAUAGGAGUGUCUCACAGUAGGAGUGUCUCACAGCAAGAGUGUCUCACAGCAGGAGUGUCUCACAGUAGGAGUGUCUCAAAGUAGGAGUGUCUCACAGCGGGAGUGUCUCACAGUAGGAGUGUCUCACAGUAGGAGUGUCUCAAAGUAGGAGUGUCUCACAGUAGGAGUGUCUCACAGUUGGAGUGUCUCACAGUAGGAGUGUCUCACAAUAGCAGUGUCUCACAGUUGGAGUGUCUCACAGUAGGAGUGUCUCACAAUAGGAGUGUCUCACAGUAGGAGUGUCUCACAGUAGAAGAGUCUCACAGCGGGAGAGUCUCGGCAAUUUACGUAUCCUUAUUCUGCAUUUUCAUUGCUUGUUAAUUGUAUUAAGCUGUAAAUUGAGGUAUAUCCUGCUUUUUGUUCUUGUCUUUAAAAUGAAUGAACUUUCCGGUUGAAGAACUGUCAAAAAAUUCUUUGAUUUGGUUCACUGGAAUUGAAGAACAGUAGCUCUGAGCAACACAGGUGUAGUACAAAAUGAGUGUAUCUAGUGAAAUCCUCACUAUUGCGGCACUUGGUCGGCCUUUCCGCCUGGGGAUGCUUUAUGAUUGUAGGAGUGAGAAACUAAUCCCUGGAAUAACAUUAUGGGACAAAGUAACACUCGAAGAAAAAACAGUUCAACAACUUGAAACAUCCGACUUUCAUCUAAUUGCUUCCGACUCUCUGGAAAACAAAACUUCAGCUCUUGACGUAAAUGCCAGCUUGAAACUUAGUUUCCUCGGAGGUCUGUUAGAAGUAUCCGGAUCUGCCAAAUACCUUGACAACAGGAAAUCUUCCAACCUGCAAGAGCGAGUAACACUGCAAUACAAGUGCACCACCAGGUCUGAGGAGAUGACAAUGGAACAACUGGGUCAUGGCCGAGUGCAACACCCAGAAGUGUUUGAUCACGGUACUGCCACACACGUAGUCACUGGGGUAGAGUAUGGGGGUCAAGCUUUCUUUGUUUUUGACCGUCAACACUCUUCAUCCUCACACUGCAAGGAAGUUCACGGAGAGCUGCAUGCUAUGGUGAAAGCUAUACCAACAAUACAAAUAGAUGGUGAAGGACAAGUGGAUAUAUCUGAGGAUGAAAAGAAGAGGACAGAGAACUUUUCUUGCAGAUUUUAUGGAGAUUUUCUGCUCCGAGAAAACCCUUGUUGUUAUGAAGAUGCGGUUCGGACCUAUAAGAAUAUACCAAACCUUUUAGGAAAGGAAGGACAAAAUGCUGUACCAGUCAAAGUUAGGUUAUAUCCAUUAACAUUACUGGAUAGUAAAGCCAGCAAACUGGUUCGUGAAAUAAGCACAAAUCUGAUAAGUGAAACAGAGCGAGUCCUUGAAAAUCUUUAUGAAUUAAAUGUAAAAUGUAACGACUUAUACAAUUCAAAUGCUGCCAAGAAGUUUCUUCUCAUUCGGGAGGAGAUCUCUAAAUUUAAAUCACUAAUUGCUGUUUACAAAAGUGGACUCCAGAGAGAACUGUCAGUAUUACUGCCUCGCAUCAGAGGAGGUGGUGCUGAGGAAUCUUGCUUAACAGAUAUUCUCAGAAAGAAAGAAUCCUCUCCAUUCAGCUGCCAUGACCUACAUGUUUGGAUCCAAGACAAGGAAAAACAAGUGAAAAUUCUCAAUGAAUACGUCAAAACACUCUCUGAGGUCAAGUUUAUGUCAGAAUAUGGAGAUUUAGAGUCAACAAUCAUGAGCCCAGUGAAUGAUUACACUGUUUGUUUUACUCUUCUUAUGCCAAGAAGCAAUUUUCAUCGUCAAAGGAUGGAAAAAUACACUAGAGAUGAAUAUGACACUAAGAAAGAAGGCGACAUAGUCGGAAAGGAAUUUGAAAGCGACCAGAGAGCCGAAAUUGGCGAUGAGAGAGAUCAUGGGGUCUCCAGGCACCAUCUUGGGGCUGCCCUGAGGGACACCAGUGAUGAAGAGAAACGUCUUUGGGAUGAUGGCCAGAACCCUGAGGCCCUCGGGGUAGACAGCAAAAGUGGUGUGAUCUCCAUAAUGGAGAAAGCCAUGCUGUUUAAGAAUUUUUUCGAAUGUAACAAACUCAAGGAAAAAACUGCAUUUAUAGUAGCUGAAGAUAUUUCCAGUUCACAUGAAUUUGGGGCUUGUAUAAGGUGUUACAAGAACGGUCGUCUAGUACAGAAGGAUUAUAAACUUCCCUCUGCGCCAAGUAUGCCACAAGUUGCCAAUGAAGAGAAUUCUCAUGACAGCAUAACCAUUUAUUGGACGGCACCAGAAUGUGGAGCUUCAAAUAUCCAAGAAUAUGAAAUAAUUUGCCAGGACUGUGAUAAGGAAAAUCAACCUCCUAAAUUGAGGACUAGUGCCGAGACUUGCAAAUACAGAAUUCCAAACCUUUACCCCAACUGUAAGUAUGAGGUGAAAGUCCAGAGCUGGUGUGAGGUUGGGGUGGGUCCCAGCAGCGACGCUAACCCAGCAGUAUCCACCAGAGCAACUAGCCCUCCUGGAAAGCCAUUGGUGUUUCAGACCUCAUUGACAAGCGUAGAACUACAAUGGUCAAAACCAGAGUUUAUAGGUGUAGGUUGUAAGAUACUUUAUUACAUAAUCAAGCAACAGGAUGGAGAAACGACAAGGUGGAGCAAAAUUGCACAGACAAAAUCAGAUGAACUUAGUUAUGUGGCAGAAGUUUCGCCUAACACCACUCCAAGGUUCAGAGUUUCAGCUUGUUGUGGUAAUGCACAGUACAGUGUGGACAGUGAUCCUAGUGGUAACAUUAUCAAGAAAGUUGAUCGUAAGUCUGUGCAAGCCAAGAACUUGAAAAUCACGAAGGAAAAAUUAUGUGGUGCUUCAAAACUUAUUGACGUAAGUGUUCCUUGUAUUUACUUGCUUGACUCUAAAGAGACUGUAUGCAGAGAUCAUGACAUGAUAAGAAAAUAUCAACAUGGAGUACGAAAGUAUUCUGUUCCUGAGAAAGUCAUCAUGCUUGUUGGAUCAACGGGUUCUGGUAAAACAACCUUCAUUAAUGGCCUCAUCAACUAUAUAUUUGGAGUUAAUUGGGAGGAUGAAUUCCGCUUCAAAUUAAUAACGGAAGCCUCUGAAAGUAACCAGGCCAGGAGUCAGACUAAAUACAUAACGUCAUACACUCUUCACCAUGAGGAGGGCUACAAGUUACCUAGCACUUUAACCAUUAUUGAUACGCCAGGGUUUGGCGAUACCUCAGGGGUAAUGAGAGACAGGGAAAUUACCAAUCAGAUACGCAACUUCUUCAUGACCAAAGGUGUAGACAGUAUAGAUCACAUUGAUGCUGUUGGCUUCGUGGCUCAGUCUUCCCUGCCACGGCUUACUCCAACACAGACAUAUAUCUUUGACCAGGUCCUUUCUCUGUUUGGGAAGGAUAUUGCUGAUAACAUUUUUCUUCUGCUAACAUUUGCUGAUGGUCAAAAACCACAAGUACUCAGUGGAAUAAAGGAAUCUGGCAUGCCAUAUCGAAAACACUUCAAAUUUAAUAACUCUGCUUUAUAUGCAAACAACACCUCAAGUGAUGAGAACAUGGCUCCUGACACUGACAGUGAUGACGAAGAAGGGAGCAAUAAUUUUGAUAAAAUGUUCUGGCAGAUGGGAGCAAAAAGUUUCAACGCUUUCUUGCAGCAGUUGAAUACCGUGCAAAGUAAAAGUCUUACACUGACUCAAGGUGUCCUGAAUGAGAGAAACCAUCUAGAAGUUUAUGUCAUGGGAAUACAGAAGGAAAUUAAACUUGGACUAAACACGCUGGAAGUUUUUAAGAAAGAAUUGGAAAUAGUGAAACAGCACGAGGCUGAUAUAGACAAAAAUAAAAACUUCACAUACACAGUAGAUGAGGAAGUGUAUGAGACCUUUCCUAUUCCACAUGACCAAUAUAUAACAAAUUGCCUCAAGUGUUACCGGACUUGCCAUGAAGUUUGUGGAAUCAAAGAUGAUAACAUGAAGAGUCAUUGUUGGGCAAUAACAAAUGACAAUUGUCGAAUUUGUCCAAAUAAAUGUCACUGGUCGAUGCACAGGAACUUCCCUUACAAGUAUGUCCUUCAGGUAAAAACGGUAGAGAAGACAGCCAAGGAAUUAAAAGAGCGCUACGAGAAUGCUAUGAAGAACAAGCUCACAGCAGAGGAACUUGUAUUAAAAAUUCAGGAUGAUUUUAAAGCAGUUCAAUUGAAGGUUCUGGGGAUGACUGAGUCAGUGAGGAAGUCCUUAGAACGUUUGCAAGAAAUAGCUCUUAAACCAAACCCUCUCUCAACAGUGGGCUAUAUUGACAUUCUCAUUGACUCCGAGCAGUCACAGGCACAGCCAGGCUGGCAAGCGAGGGUUCAGCAGCUAAGGAUGGUUAGAAAGGAAGCAGAAUACAUGCAACAGAUUGCUGACCGGGGAUUUGAUCCAUUUCAAGAAUACAAAAAAAAAAUUGAAAUAGAGAAGAAAACGAACAAGAACGGUAUUUGGUCAAGAGCAGGAGAGUAUUUAUCUAACAUUUUCAAGCACUAAUUACAAACUCUCUAUGAUGUAAUAAAUUUUUGAAAACAUUGUUCAAGAAUUAUUUAAUGCUAUGCAACAUAAAUACUGUAUCGUUCUCUUAUGAUGUUAACUACAUUAUUUACUGCUUAUAUUUUGUUCACUGUUGGUCAAUAAGUGUGAAAUAGAGUAUUUCGUCCUCUUCGCCAUUUGUUGGCUUACAAGCCGGUUGGUCAGUUCUCUGUUACACACUGUUGACAAGUUCUAAGCACAUCCCGGCUCUGGAGUGUACCUAAAUAUGUUCCAGUCUGGCAUAAAGGAACUCAUACAGGGUGCUGUCACAACAUUCUUUGGCAGAUAAUUCUAAGAGAUAGCAAUUCUUACUCCACGGAAGUUAGCCUCGACAAUUUUCUGUAAUGACAGCUUUUUGAAGUUCUGGUUGUGACGCUCAGGUGGUAUAAGAAUUAGGAGUGAGCUUUUGGGGUGCACUUCAUGCUUUACAAAAUCUUCUAUUGCGAUUAUUGGAUUAUAUUAUAAACGUAGUAUCCCUUCUCACAUUCUUUGACAUAAGCAGUAUGUGCCAUUGUACAAAGGGUUGACCACAGACCAUAUAGUGUAUACCAGCUGCCUCAAAUAAACAUCUGUCCUAAGAUUGUUAACACUAGAGACUAGGAGCAAGAUUGAAGCAUUAGCUGAACUUAACAAUGGGAUAUACCCUUUUGGUAGAUGUCUGCUUAUCUCUGACAUCAGUUCUAAUGAAGCAACCAAGUUUAAGACUUCGUUCGAUUUAUUUUAUGUCAUCUGCUGUGUAUCAUAUAUUUAUUUACCUUAUUUACCAAUUGUCACCCAUUGCCAAAGGAAGCAGUCCAGUGAAUUUAUCAUGCAGUCCAACUGAUGUAAUGUUUCUUUGUAAAUUUCUGUAAAGUUAAGAAGUAUUAAAAGUUUAUACACUUUUAAUUGUUAUAAAAAUAAUGAUAAAUGUAAUUAUAUG